GGGCAGGGGGCCGCUGCCGCCGCCGCCGCCGCCCCAAGAUGCCGGUCCAUUCCCGCGGGGACAAGAAAGAGACCAACCACCACGAUGAGAUGGAAGUGGACUACGCGGAGAACGAGGGGAGCAGCUCGGACGAGGAGGACACGGAGAGCUCUUCGGUCUCCGAAGAUGGGGACAGCUCGGAAAUGGAUGACGAAGACUGCGAGAGAAGGAGAAUGGAAUGCUUAGACGAGAUGUCUAAUCUUGAAAAACAGUUUACAGAUCUCAAAGAUCAACUUUACAAAGAACGCUUAAGUCAAGUGGAUGCAAAGCUACAGGAGGUCAUAGCUGGGAAAGCGCCAGAAUAUUUGGAACCACUGGCAACCUUACAAGAAAACAUGCAAAUCCGAACAAAGGUAGCAGGAAUCUAUAGAGAGCUCUGUUUAGAAUCUGUAAAGAACAAAUAUGAAUGUGAAAUUCAAGCUUCUCGCCAGCACUGUGAGAGUGAAAAGCUCUUGUUAUAUGAUACUGUACAGAGUGAGCUAGAGGAGAAGAUCAGACGACUUGAAGAGGAUCGACACAGCAUUGACAUUACCUCAGAGCUAUGGAAUGAUGAGCUUCAGUCAAGGAAAAAAAGGAAGGAUCCAUUUAGUCCAGAUAAAAAGAAGCCAGUUGUUGUAUCAGGCCCAUAUAUAGUUUAUAUGUUACAAGAUCUCGAUAUACUUGAAGACUGGACCACAAUCAGGAAGGCAAUGGCAACACUGGGUCCACACAGAGUCAAAACAGAACUUUUUCAACUGAUCCCUUUAGCCCCCGUGAAAUUGGAAAAGCAUUUGCACAGUGCUAGGUCGGAAGAAGGAAGAUUGUAUUACGAUGGUGAAUGGUACUUACGUGGCCAAACAAUCUGCAUUGAUAAGAAAGAUGAAUGCCCUACAAGUGCCAUAAUUACAACAAUUAACCACGAUGAAGUUUGGUUUAAGAGACCUGAUGGAAGCAAGUCUAAACUUUACAUUUCCCAGCUGCAAAAAGGAAAAUAUUCAAUAAAACAUUCAUAAUCAAAUGUAAACUCAUUCUACCUGGUCUAGUAUUACCAUGUGUAAGGUGCCAUGGGAUUAAAACUGUAUUUAACUUUUUUGUUCUCAUUGCAUUUUGAGAAUGUUAUACCGUAGUUAGUACUGUGUGUAGAUUUCCAAAUGAUGUCUUUUUCUAUUCUAUUUGCAUCAUGAGAAUAAGUGUAUUGUAGAUAGUACUGUAUGUAGACUUCAUAUUGAUGUCUUUUUCUGAAAAUGGUGAUAGAAACUUAAAUCAUGUUGACCAAGACAUUUUACCUCGAAGUUGAGUCAGUGCCUAGUACAUGAAGAAUGACCUUCCAAAAAAUAGCAGAGGUUUUCUAACAAAUCCAUUUUAUUUGGUUAAUUAUGCAAAGUGGCUUAUCUUCACUGAACAGUGUGUAGUUGUGCAACUGCUGCUUUUAUCCACAACUCACUUGUUUUAAUGUCCCACUAACUCAUGUAUUUGUAAAUAAGCCUGAUGAAAUAUGUUGCUUUUAGUUGGUUUGUAACGGUAUAUGUGUUCUUAAAUUGGAAUUGGAAAUGUCUUGUUUUUUUUAAAAAAGCUCUCUCUCUAUAUAUAUAUAUAUUUAUGUGUAUUUCGGGGGCCCCGACAGCUACAUGACUGCAUACUAUGUGAAAUGAAAUUAAGCUUUUGAUUUUAAAACACAGAAUUCCUAGAGGGAGCACUUUCCUAGAUGAACAGUGCUCCUUCUGCUUGGGUGGUGGAUGGUGACUUCAGUUUUUCCCCAACUACACCACGUAUCAAUUAAGAAAAAUUAGUGUCAUGUAAUAAUCACAUUGCUUCUCCUUGUAUUGUUUGUGGCCGACAGGGGGCAUGAAUGCUUGGUAUUUAUGCUGCAAGCGUGUAACUGGUGAACAAUAACCAACAGUAUUGUGGUGCAUGCUGUAUUUGCCCAAAUUAUAGCCUUUCAAAACAGAUUCUCAGCAGACACUUUCCAGAGGCGAAGAGAGAUCUAUAUGCUAAUUUGGCACGCAGGACAAAACCAAAAGACAUAACUUCCGUGCUGAAAUCCAAUCCUUGCCUAUUCACCGUUCUUUUCCUUCAGUGUCUGUCUUCAUUACGGCUGUUUCAUGCAAUUUCGAUAGUGUUGGCUUCCCUUCCCGGUUUCCUAUUCAAAUACUUUCAAAGCCUCAGGAAGAGUGAACGGAGUCGGAACCCUUAAUAUGCUGACACACAUUUGCUGUCUGCAGUAUAGGAGGGGGAAGGCAAGCAUUAGUAUUCCUGGUGGUUCUGUGCACUUUACUAUCUGUUACUAUUGAUACUUGAGGGGACUGGGACGAAACCGGACUGUUGACAUUGACGGCAAGAUCGGGAUCAGCGUGGUUCCUUGCAACGCUUCUUUACCUCUGAGAAUGUCUUUCUGUGCAGAUUGCUACUUGACAGACGGUUGCCAAAUGUUAAAAUAUUUGACCUCUGCAGUUCAUCGUCAGCAAUGCUUUUGUCAGUCCGUAUGUCUCAUUAACACUAGCCAAAUGUACAAAAUGUAACGAUCCGUUGGUCAGUCUUUGACAGUUAAUUAUGUACACAACUGUUUGAUAAACAUUUUUGUAAUAAGGUUCAAGUAUUUGUAUUUUUUAACUUAGGAUAUAAUAAAAAUGGUCUGUGGUAGAGUA